ACGCUGCCUGGGCGCUGGCGAGAGGCGAUCACCAUGUUUUCAAAGAGAAACAAGACAGGGCUUUGCAGCCGGCUUCCUUCCUCGAAAAUGCUGCUUAUCAAACGCGUGCGGAUCCGGCAGCGCGGAGGAAUGUAAAACGUGAAUUAAAGAAAAGCUGGUAACCAGCGGAGAAGAUACAAAAGCUAAAAUCACUAUGUGGAGCUGUGAAACCUUAAACAACAGUACCAAGAACAGUGAGGACCAGCAUCUCUGCCAUGACUUCCACCUUGUGCUUUCCAUCUUUUCCCUACUCUACCUCAUUAUAUGUUUCCCAAUUGGCCUUUGUUACAAUGGCUUGCUGGUCCUAGUUAAUCUCUAUAACAAAGCUACUAUGACUAUGCCAGAUGUUUACUUUGUCAACAUUGCCAUUGCUGGUCUCAUCAUCAAUGCUCUGGCACCAAUGUACCUUCUAGGUCUUGCCAAUACAAAAUGGGCCAUCUGGAAUUCUAACAAUGAAGUUUAUAUUACCUUACUUAUUUUAUUCAACGUCUCGUCUUUAGUUACCAUGUACUCUACUACAUUACUCAGUCUGGACUACUACAUUGAACGUGCUCUACCUAGAACUUACAUGUCAAGUGUGUACAACACAAAACACGUUUGUGGAUUCAUAUGGGGUGGUGCCAUGCUUACAAGUUUUUCAUCUCUCCUGUUCUACGUCUGCAAUCACGUAUCCACUAAAAUAAUUGAAUGUUCCAAGAUGCAGAACAAAGAAGCAGCAGAUGCCAUUAUGGUCUUUAUCGGGUAUGUUGUACCAGCUAUUGCUGUACUGUAUGCACUUAUAUUAAUCUUGCGAAUACGCAAAGAGGCUACACCACUGGAUCAAGACACUGGACGAUUAGAUCCAUCGGUGCACAGGCUUUUGAUUGCCACAGUCUGUACACAGUUCACGUUAUGGACACCCUAUUAUGUUACUCUCUUGGUAAGCACAUUCACUAAUGCACAAGGAAGAAUUGCAGAUGAAAAUUACAGUCGAAUAUUACAUUUUACCAAGAUUUUAUCAAAAUUCUUGGCUUUCUCAAGCAGCUUUGUAAUGCCUCUGCUCUACAGAUACAUUAACAAAAACUUUCCCAACAAAUUACGACGUUUGCUUAAAAAGAUACACUGUGGGAAUCAAGGGUGUUCUCAUGAACGCACAGUAGUACAGCAAGUUAUGACAUAGGUGUGAAAAAACCCUCUGGUGCUCUGUUACUGCAGGACUUAGCGUACCAGUACUGGGACUGUGAUAUUGCUGUCUUGGUAAUGUGAGAGUCCCAACCAAGAGGCUAGAAGGAGCUUUCCAUUACAGUUAAUGAAACAGUCUUGAUUUUCAAAUAGUUAAUUGUUUGCUGAAAUGUUGUGAGACUCUGGCCUAUGUGCUGUAAUACCUGUGACAUCUAAUACUUUCAAUGCACUGAAUUGGUUACAAAGCAUAAACUCUGUCUUCAUCGCUCUAAUAUUUCUGUCUGAAGAAAUCGCUAAGCAGUUUAUUCAAGUCUUGACUGAAGACACAGCACCUUGUAUCUUUCAUAAAAAAAGGUAUUACUUUCUUUUCUGUACAAAGAAGUAAUAGUGCUAUCCUUCAUGAAGUAAAUACCAUUUUUCAAUGAAGAUGACAUAGAUGAUCUUUACUAAAGAUCAUAUUAUCCAAUUAUACAUGUCCAAAUAGUAAAUGUUAAUUACAAAUUAAAUUAUUUAAUUUCUUUCUCCAUCACUGAAUCCCCUCUAAAAGAAGCCUUAUUUACCAUUUUCAGAAAUUAUUUUCUUGUACAAACUAACCUAAGUUUUAACGUUUAUGGUAAAUUGAUUUUUUCCUAGAUAUAACAAUUAACAAAAACAUGUUUUAUUUUUCCAGUGCUUUGUUUGCAGCCUAAAACAUUUCAAGAAUUCAAAAAUAUUUAUUAACUAAUUCUAAGGGAACUGUGAGAUGUUUGUUCCACAUAUUAAAAUGAAGGACACAGUGGUUUACAAAGUUAAAAUUUAACUAGUAAAGAUUGUCUGCUAAGUGUUAUGGUCCACAUAUGUUCAUGUAACAAGAGUAAUUAUCUUAAAAAUAAAUAUGUUUAUGAUUAACAUUUUGUAUUUUCAAGGGAUAUGUUUGCAACAAAUAAAUUAAAAUGUCUUUAAUCUAGGGCAUCACUGGAGGUUUGGAAACCAUACAAAAUCCCUCAAUACAUACAAGAUUUUAAAAUGGGAGUAAUAUAUAGGAAUCCCAGUCAGCAUCAGCUUUUUGCUGACCUCUCAGAAAUGGAGUGCCUCCCAAUGUGAUUCUUGAAUACACAGUAAAAGUAUAGUUUCUGUAUUUCACAGUGGGGAUGAAGAAAUCCAAUCCAGAUUGCCAAAUUUUACUGAGUAUGUGAAAUACAUAAGAAACACAAACAUGCUGCAGGAAGCAAAUGAACAGUUACCCACAACAGCAAACUACGAAACACUGACCCAAGAACUACCUGUUCCUAUGCUGUUGUUGCAUUAUUAAUGACGGAGGGGGGUAGAAGUUAAAUUGAUAUUCUCCCACUGGUUUUGGGGCAGCAAGACAUCUUUGUCACUCGCCCUGCAACACAGCAGAAUCAUUUCGUUGCUUAACCUGUCACAACACAACUGAAAUUUCACGUGACUUUAUUCAAAAAAUGUGGCUUUUCAAGCCUCUGGUAUAGAAAAAACAUGGAGCAAAACCAGAAUUGAAUCUUUUCCAUUGCUUAUAGUACAAUCUCAUCUGAUAAUUGGUCCUAAUUUGUCAGCAUAGAGACAUGCUUAAGUUCUAAGUGGGAAGCAGGUGAGGAACAGCCUUUUCAGAUCUUUUCCAUUCUCUUCAAUGUUAUUCAAGUAAUUUCUUCUCAUAGCCAUCUUUGCUUAUCUUCUUCAUAUACAAGCAUCUCUAAGUUAUCAACAUCCUGGUAGAAGACUCUCCAUUAAUCUUUACUUUUUUAAUAGCUUUUCAUAUUUUACUGAAUUUUUUUUAACCCUUAAACCCUACACAGUAAAUCAUUAUUUCUAUGGCAUUUUCUCCACACGAAAACUAUCCAGCACAACUACAUCAAUUUAAUUCAUAGUUUUAGCCUGUUGAUAAAAACCACGUUAAGGAAUGAAGCCUUUCUUUAUCAUUGUGUCUGAUUCACACACUAAUUUAUAGUGCCUCUAUGCUGACAUGAUACUGGCUGCUUUGGUUGUUUUUUUUUCCCUUUGAGAGGUUUUCUAUGAAUUUCUACGCAUCUUGAGCAUUCAAGCUCACUUCCACACAGAAGUGCUUAAGAAAGACAUCUUUCCUUACAACUGUGAAGCAAAUAGGCUCCUCUUCUUCCCAUCUGAGGAAAAUUAGGUUUCCUAAUGCACCACAUGAAAUCUCUCACGUAAAAUCUGUUAAAGAAAUUCUGUCCCAUUAUGCAGGAACAAUUCCAGCAGGGAGGAACUGGCUUAUCUGGUGUGAAUAGAGGCUUCCAGAACUGGGACACUGCCAGAACGGUGUGGCUGAACAGGCAGCACUAAGUGCAAUUUUAACUUCCAUGUUGCUUCCUUACUUCUAUUUCCCCCUUCUCCCAAGACAUCUUACUUUCUGUCUCUAACAGCACUGUCACAUUUAUUUCUGUUCCUUUCUCUCCAUGUUAAAUUCCCAGUUUCAGAUCAUGGGUCUUUUAUCAUUUCUCUUUUUCUCUCGUCUUUUUCACUUCUCUGCGCUAUUUAUUUUAUUUUCAUUUUGCUCCUCUGUUCCCAUGCAUGCUUGGUCUCGUACACUUGGUACCAUUCACCACUCACAUUUACUUCAUUAGACUGACUCCUUUACAAUGACCCAAGUCUUAUUCAAUGAUUUGACAUUACAAAUGGAUUUAUGUAGUAAAAUGGAAGCUGCUGUUUAAGAGAUGGAGAAAGAACAAGUUUUUAUAUAAUUUACCCUUGAAAUCUCAAUUUUUAUUUUUUUUCCUAAUCUUUUUCAUUGCAGCAGAGUUAAGUAUGUUUGCGUGUAUCCUUGAUAAUAUACUAAAUGUGAUGGCAAUCAUAUAGACAAACAACUUUCAUAAUUUAAUGAACAAGACCAAUAUCCGCUCAACUUUUUUUAAGAGUCAAUUUGAUAUAUUAGUUGCCUCAAAGAAACUGUGCCAUGGAGCUGCCUGACUGCUAUUCUCUUAAGGAAAUUCUGAACUUAAUUGCAGCACACUCACAUGGUAUCUCUUAAAAAGCAGUAUCCCAAAAAAUGAGAACUUUGCAAUAUUUAUAUAAAAAACAGUAGCUGAGCAAGUGCAGUAAAAUACUUAAGGAAAUACAUGGUAUCAUAAAUAUGGAAGAAUUUUUAUGGACAAAUUUUUAAUAUACAAAGUGCUGAAGAGUGACACCUUUCCAUUUCAAAUACCUGAAGGUUUCUGAUGACUGUAAAUAGAGGCUUAUCUAUUUUGCAUUUAAAUAAAUAUGAAAGACUGUAUAUAUGCAAGAUAAAAAUCAGCCUACUGAUGUAAAAAGAAUUUGCAAAGAAUUUAUUAAAUUAUUUCUUAAAGUGUAUCAUUUAAAUGUAAACCUCUGAACAGUAAGGUGUACUGUAUGUUUCUGUAUGUAUAUACUGUAUACUAGAAAGUAAGCACUAGUUAAGUGCCAUUAUUAACAGUGUUAUUUUCUCACAAAAUUAAACUUAAUAUUUGAGUUGAUCUAUGGCUUAUAGCCCUCUUGCUGAACCGCCAAUUAAGUCGAAUGAACUAACAAAAAUGUUGUGCUCUGCUUCUGCUUGAAUUAACAUAGCUAGCUCAAGACAGGUCCUUGUUGACUAAUCUAGUAGAGGUCCUAGUUUCAAAAGUUUCCAUUUGAGAAUCAAAUUGAGUUGGUCUCUGAAGACAAUUUCAGUUAAUGAAAGAUCAACCACUAGAAAAUUUCUGGUUCUAUUAAAAUGAAGAGAUGUGGCCUCCAAUAUUAUAUCAAAAUACUAUAGAAACGGACUUUCUGCAAAGCUUCACAAAGGAACUAUUGACUCGUAAUAAAUUCUCAAUAAAAAGUGUUAAAGUGUAUCUGGUCAGUAAGAUGUGUGAUUUUUUUUUGGCCUUCUUAAUAAAUAACUGUUGUGGACAAGGUUAAA